AUGCACAUCUCCCUUUUCUCCCUCCUCGCGCUGGCCGCCACCCUUCCCACCCACGCCCAACCCCUCACCUCAUCCCGUACCCUCACCGCCGCCUCCAUCCUCAAAAUCGCCCCCUCAACCCGCACCUGCGCCUCCCCACCCGCCCCCGGCGAAUGCCGCACCGCAUCCCAAGCCGCCCCCUACCUCGCCCUCUCCUUCCAGAACUACUACCUCCCCUCCUUCGCCACCCAAGCCGCCCUCCUCGCCCUCAUCCUCUACGAAUCCGCCAACUUCCAAUACGCCAAGAACCACUUCCCCGGCGUGCCAGGGCAGGGGACGAGGAAUAUGCAGAGUCCAGAGUAUAACCUCAAAUACGCCACGUGGCUGGCGACUGUGUGCCAGAACUGCGGGAUUGGGAUGGAGGAGGUUGAGCAAGCGGAACAAGAGGGUCCGGAAGCGGUGUUGGGGACGGUGAAUGGGGAUAUGUGGGGUUUUGGGAGCGCGGCGUGGUUUUUGGCUACGCAGUGUGGGGAGGAUGUGAGGCGGGGGUUGGAGCAGGGGACGGAGGAGGGGUGGGAGGGGUAUUUGACCGGGUGUGUGGGGACGACGGUUACGGAGGAGAGGACGGCGGUGUGGAGGAAGGUUAUGGCGUUGAAAGGGUGGUAG